GGUGUUAGCUCAAAUGCUUAAAUCGCACCAUGAGAGAAGGAAAAAUAACUAGCGCUAGUGUUCCAAGAUUGUGCUUUGAUAACUGUCCCAGUUCUGAGGACGAACCAGUGUAUACUGUUGCCAAAGAAGAGAAUUUAUCUUCCCGCUCUGGUUCAACAGUCAGCUGGGGAACAGAAUCGUCGGAAGACUCAAGUCGUAAUUUGUUAGUACGUCCGGCUGUUUAUCCGCCUUGGGCCACACACUUGCCGUUGACUUCUUUAAAUGAAAUAGAAAACAAGGGAGCAACAUGUAACGCGCAGGACAACAAUAGAGACUCAUCUUCAUCGUGUGGCGACAUAACUCAGCGCAUAUGUUCUGAUCUCGAAAAACUGUGGCGAAAAGAAUCAGUUUGUAACAGCUCUGAGUAUGAGGCUGUCACUCCAAGAAAUAAAACAUCACAUAGUUUCAGUAGUAUGGUUACACCUAAGCAGUUGGUUGACAAUUCAAUUCGUCAGACACCAGGUCUUUCGAGACCAAGUAAACAACAUUUAGAUCAUUUAACAAUUAUUAAUGACGUGCAAACGAAUUUCAACAAGAGAAUAUGGUUUACUGCACGUCUACUUGUGUUUAAUAUGGAUGAUAUAACAAAUGCAAAGCAUACAAGGCAUACAAGCAGUAUGGAUUGGACCAAUUCAAUAUCUUCAUUUGCUUUACGUGACUUUAUUGGAAUAGGCUUUCCGAAUGAUUCUACUUGGGCUUUAUAUGAAGAUCAUAAAAUAGGAGUUAGUUCUAAACCAUUACCGUUUCUGCGUCGAUCAUUGUAUCAUUGUGUAUGGGGAACAAGAAGUGGGCAGGUGUAUUUGCCGGAAAUUGAUUUUUUCCCUGGAGCAGUAUUGUUUGUUCGUUAUUCCGAUAACCAUUAUCUACCUAAUCCAUUAAAACAGUUUUUGCAUCAUACUGGAAAUGUUCUUCGUAUUCUUAUCACUGGAGUAGAUCGACUAAGUAAACGUAAUGCAAUUGAAUCAGAGUUAACACGACAGAAGGUACCCAAAGAACAGUGGUUUUCUGUUAUGGCAAAACUUCAUGUUGCACGUUUAUUAAUGAGGCCGAGAUAUUUGAUGGAAUUGUUCAAACUACAGUGUUUAUGGCGCCAAGAUUUGAGAAAACGUCAUAAUCCAAUUGAAGCCUUUCUAAAUUUACAUUUAUACUACCGAAAUGCAGUCAAAAGUAACAAACAACUAAUGGGUGGCACUAUUAAUGAUACAAAUACUGAAAGUAACAAUAACCUUACAAAAGAAGAUGAGCUAACCUUAAGGAAACAGUUAAUUCGUAAAAUAUUUGAGGAUGGCUUAAUAUGGUUUAGACUUCCAGUACUAGACAAAACAGAGAACUUCGAUUUAUUAUGGAAUGCGUUGGAGGCCUAUUCAGGUUAUGAUGGAAUUGUACAUUUCGCAGAUUAUAUUUCACUUGUUUUUGGGGAAUUGCCCGAAGUUCAUCGUACACUUGUUAAGAAAGCAUUUACAAAAAUGGAUCCAAAUCGACUUGGUCACAUCCAAUUAUUGGAUAUUAAACGAUUUUUCAAUACUCCAAAAUGGGCCGUUAAUCAGCUGGGUACUAAAAUAGUUCAUUCAUUACCGGAUGUUCUGAAAAUUUUCGAAAAUUUUGUUCAUCAUCAAAAACGCCUAGAGUAUACAGAAUUCGAAGUAUAUUAUCAAGCCGUUUCUAUUACUUUAGGAGAAUGUCCUGUUGAUCAGUUAAAAUCAGAUGCAACAUAUAUGGACUUAUGCUCAUUGCUUCCAUCGAGUGAGUGUGCUCAGAAUUAUUUUCUAGGUGAGAAUACAAAUGGUUCCUGCGACAUAUUUACAAAAUUAAUACAAGACACAUGGUGUAUUUGAUUUUAUAUACUGCUACAACGAUAAUCAUGAUAUACAUACACAAAAAUACAAAAAACAUUUCUACCAAUUUUCAUAUAUGUAAACGUCAGUCACCGCUGAUUGUCUCAUGUAGUAUUGUGGUUUUUUAUCUGCACAAUUUUUCCCUUUGUAUUUAUGCAGUGAUACAGUCGAUAUGCUCUCGAAGAAUUUGGGGAUUUUUGUUCUUAAUUAGUUUUUAAAAUUGUUAAGUUUCACAGGUAUUAUUUCGUUUCUCACACAUACUGAUACACCUAUGCACCAAACUAAAUACGUUCCCAACAAUUUUUUCGGUACACAAUGUAAAAGAAAGACA